UCCCACCUUGACAUCGAGAGAGAUACGCACAUCGUUCAACGCCUACACUUAAUGCAUGCAUGAAAGCAACGCUAGAUAAAUCGCCGAAGAUGACGAUUUGAGCUUUGAUCAUGCCUCCCGAUCUUGAUGAUGUGCCGUCUUUGACGGAUGACAACACUACGUUCGACCUCAUUGCCCACAAGUCCAACGACCUUAUCCAAGCAAUUGCCUUCAACGCAUAUGGCGAUCGCUGUGCUACCGGUUCGGUGGAUGGUCAAAUCCGAAUCUUUAACCGCCGUAAGGAUGGAAUCUGGACAUUGUCUGACCUUUGGGGAGCUCAUCCAGGGGAGAUUCUCGAGCUCCAAUGGCUACCACCUACUGUCUACCCCAACAUUGUCGCGUCUCUUGGUAUAGAGGGUCGCUUCAAGAUGUGGGCAGAAGACGACACGGCUGCACCUGGCCGUAAAUUCAGCACCAAGAGCAACAAUCCUAAGGCAGCCCAUGAGACUAGAUCAAACAAGUCUCCUUACCGCUCCUUCUCGAUGAAGCACAACGAAGAGACCAGAUACACCUACUUCGCCUUUCUUUGUGCAGAUGGAAAACUCUCAGUUCACGAGGGUGAAGAGCCUGAGAAUUUGGCAGACUACUCGGAGAUUGACGACUUUCAGGCUCUCGCCAAGCCUAACCGUGGUGAGGAGACAUGCUUUCAGGUUCGCUUUGAUCCCAACCCAGAACCGUGCUACAAGGCCCUGAGAGCUGGUGUACCCACAGAUGCUUUGAGUCUCGUUGUUGCAGGAUUGAACACAGUCAAGAUCUUCCGUUCGAGAGACACCAUUUCUAGUUCGUUUGGUGCUGCUACCCGAGCCAGAGAGUUCUACCAGGCUGUCGAGAUAACUGGACAUAGGGGUCUGGUCCGUGAUGUUGCAUGGGCGCCUGGCAACUUCAGAGGCUACGACAUGAUUGCCACGGCUUGCCAAGAUGGAUUCGUCAGAGUUUUCCGGAUCGACACGCCAUACAAUAAGAAUGACGGCAAGUCAUGGUCCGUGGCAGACAUCACAGGCAAGGACAGGACGGAGUAUCAACCUUCAUCUUCAGCACAGAACAAACAUACUAGAGGUCAACCACAAGCGCAUUCAGGCAUAAGAGCUGAAAUCGACAAGUCGGGUAGCCAUGGUGAACGACUUAUUAAUGGUCAACCUGGACAGAUCGACCAUACCUAUCGUGAGCUCUCGAAGUUGGAGAGCCACCGCUCACCUGUGUGGAGAGUUGGGUUUGAUGAUGAUGGCCAGAUCUUGGGUAGUGUUGGUGAUGAGGGGAAGCUGAUGUGCUACCGUCAGAAAGCCGAUGGAACUUGGGCUAAGAGCUCAGAGUUAGGCAUGAUGAAACAGAGAUUGGUUGUUCCACAAAACCUGUCUGGCUAGAAGGCUUGAAGAACUACCCUUACCACGUAUUUAUAGGUCUAGAUGCUACCAACCAGUGAAUUGAUAUACCCACAUCGAAUACG